CAACUGUCAGGCGCGAGAGCUGUCUUCAUUUUGCCGCUAAUUCUAUCUAUUUCGCAAAUUUAUGACUAUUGUAAUCAUCAGUUUGUUAUAGUCAAGAGAAAAAACUACUGCUGUUGUCAUGGGUCUUUUGGAACUAUGCGAAAAAUAUUUCGAUACCACUAAUUUAUAUGAAGUUUUAGAAAUAACAGAAAAGGCCACCGAAAAAGAAGUAAAGAAAGCUUAUCACAAAUUGUCACUAAGAGUACACCCUGAUAGGGUAAAAGAUGAUGAAAAACUUGAUGCUACUGAAAAAUUCAAAGUACUGGGUGGAGUCCAUGCUAUUUUGAGUGAUAAGGACAAAAGAUCAUUAUAUGAUACCACAAAGAGUGUAGAUGAAGAGGAAUACAAUGUAAUAAAAGAAAAAGAUUGGACUGUCUAUUGGAGAUUACUUUUUAAAAAGAUUACAGAAGAUGAUAUAAAAGCUUAUGAAAAGAAAUAUAUUGGAUCUGAUGAAGAAAAAAAAGAUCUGAAAAAUGCUUAUAUAGCGGGCAAAGGUGAUAUGGACUACAUAGUUGAUCAAGUGCAAUUUGCAAGAUCUGAACAUGAACCUAGGAUACGUGGCAUCUUGACUGAAAUGAUUGAACAAGGUGAAAUUCCAUCAUUCAAAAUAUUUACACACGAGUCUACUAAAAAGCGACAACGCCGACAUGCUAAAGAAAAUCGUGAGGCAAAGGAAGCAGAAGAUCUUAAGGAUUCACUGGGCUUGAAUUCAAGUACAAAUAGUUUAGAAAUAAUGAUUAAGCAAAAACAAGAAAGUCGAGCCACACAAAUGGAUUCAUUUCUUGAUAAUUUGGCAACUAAGUAUGGUGGAAAGUCAACAGGUACGAAACGUAAAGCAGCUAAAUCUGAAACAGGAAAAAAUAAGAGAAAGAAGAAGUAAUCAUACAAAACAAUGUCACAAAAUAUUUUAAUUCAUAAUAAAAACUGCUUCUUAUGGUUA